UUCCUUUUUAUUUGCAGCCCCUCACUCUCUUGUCCCAGGAGGAGGGCAGAGGCUGGGAGCUGGGGGAGGGGGGUGCAGCCCCCUCCCCCAACCCUGGCAGGAGGAGGGGUCCCCAGGGAGGCCAAGAGGGGGGGCUGUGGGUCUCCCGGCAGGGGCGGACGGGGACUGAAUGUUAAUCGCAUCCCGAGUGAGUGUGUGUGUGCGAGAACAGAGCGAGUGUGCGAGUCCCUCCCGCUCCGGCUUCUCCAAGCCGCGGCUACCGCCGCCACCCUCCGCCCGCAGCCUCCCUCGGUCACCGGUGCCCAGCUGAGGGGUGUCAGCCUGGGUGGGUCCGCCCGGCCCCCAGGGGUCUCUCGUGCGUCUGCCAUCUGCCCGCGCAACAUGUGUAGCGGCGUCCUCGCCUAGUCUGGGUGGCCGCAACCUUGGGGGACAGACAGGGCAGGACGGGACGGAAAGAACAGGAGGGAGAGCCGGAGCCAGAGACGGGCAGGAGGUCCCCGCCACCGCCACCACCACCACCACCGCUGCCGCCGCCGCCCCAGGGCCUGGCCCCCACAGCGGCUCCCUGAGCCCUCCGCCAAAUCUUCGGGUCGCUGGACUCCGGUUCCAGUCCUGGCCCCCCUGAAAUUCCCCCCACAGAACAGGGUCAUGAAAAGAGGCUGCCCGGCGGAGCCCGCAGGCGAUGCGCGGCGCCGGUGGCCCCGGCGGCCCUCGGGGCCCCGCUAAGAUGCUGCUGCUGCUGGCGCUGGCCUGCGCCAGCCCGUUCCCGGAGGAGGCGCCGGGGCCGGGCGGGGCCGGCGGGCCCGGCGGGGGGCCCGGCGGGGCGCGGCCGCUCAACGUGGCGCUCGUGUUCUCGGGACCCGCGUACGCGACCGAGGCGGCGCGCCUGGGCCCGGCCGUGGCGGCGGCCGUGCGCAGCCCGGGCCUGGACGUGCGGCCGGUGGCGCUGGUGCUCAACGGCUCGGACCCGCGCAGCCUCGUGCUGCAGCUCUGCGACCUGCUGUCGGGGCUGCGCGUGCACGGCGUCGUCUUCGAGGACGACUCGCGCGCGCCCGCCGUCGCGCCCAUCCUCGACUUCCUGUCGGCGCAGACCUCGCUGCCCAUCGUGGCCGUGCACGGCGGCGCCGCGCUCGUGCUCACGCCCAAGGAGAAGGGCUCCACCUUCCUGCAGCUGGGCUCAUCCACAGAGCAGCAGCUCCAGGUCAUCUUUGAGGUGCUGGAGGAGUACGACUGGACGUCCUUUGUCGCCGUGACCACACGUGCCCCGGGCCACCGGGCCUUCCUGUCCUACAUCGAGGUGCUGACUGAUGGCAGCCUGGUGGGCUGGGAGCACCGCGGGGCGCUGACGCUGGAUCCUGGGGCGGGCGAGGCCGUGCUGGGUGCCCAGCUCCGCAGCGUCAAUGCACAGAUCCGCCUGCUCUUCUGUGCCCGUGAGGAGGCUGAGCCCGUGUUCCGGGCAGCCGAGGAGGCUGGCCUCACCGGGCCUGGCUACGUCUGGUUCAUGGUGGGGCCCCAGCUGGCUGGAGGUGGGGGCUCAGGCGCCCCUGGGGAGCCUCCUCUUCUGCCAGGAGGCGCCCCCCUGCCUGCUGGACUGUUUGCGGUGCGCUCAGCUGGCUGGCGGGAUGACCUGGCCCGGCGUGUGGCAGCUGGCGUGGCCGUAGUGGCCAGAGGUGCCCAGGCCCUUCUGCGUGACUAUGGCUUCCUGCCAGAGCUCGGCCACGACUGUCGCGCCCAGAACCGCACCCACCGAGGAGAAAGUCUACAUAGGUACUUCAUGAAUAUUACCUGGGAUAACCGCGAUUACUCCUUCAAUGAGGAUGGCUUCCUGGUGAACCCCUCCCUAGUGGUCAUCUCUCUCACCAGAGACAGGACAUGGGAGGUGGUGGGCAGCUGGGAGGAGCAGACUCUCCGCCUCAAGUACCCGCUGUGGUCCCGCUACGGCCGCUUCCUGCAGCCAGUGGAUGACACACAGCACCUCACGGUGGCCACGCUGGAGGAGAGGCCCUUUGUCAUCGUGGAGCCCGCCGACCCCAUCAGCGGCACUUGCAUCCGAGACUCCGUCCCCUGCCGGAGCCAGCUCAACCGCACCCACAGCCCUCCGCCGGACGCCCCCCGCCCAGAGAAGCGGUGCUGCAAGGGCUUCUGCAUCGAUAUUCUGAAGCGGCUGGCGCAGACCAUCGGCUUCAGCUACGACCUCUACCUGGUCACCAACGGCAAGCACGGGAAGAAGAUCGAUGGCGUCUGGAACGGCAUGAUCGGGGAGGUGUUCUACCAGCGCGCGGACAUGGCCAUCGGCUCCCUCACCAUCAACGAGGAGCGGUCCGAGAUCGUGGACUUCUCCGUCCCCUUCGUGGAGACGGGCAUCAGCGUCAUGGUGGCCCGCAGCAACGGCACUGUGUCCCCCUCAGCCUUCCUCGAACCCUACAGCCCCGCCGUGUGGGUGAUGAUGUUCGUCAUGUGCCUCACGGUGGUCGCCGUCACUGUUUUCAUCUUCGAGUACCUCAGUCCCGUCGGCUACAACCGCAGCCUGGCCACGGGCAAACGCCCUGGUGGCUCAACCUUCACCAUUGGGAAAUCCAUCUGGCUGCUCUGGGCUCUGGUGUUCAAUAACUCGGUGCCCGUGGAGAACCCCCGAGGGACCACCAGCAAAAUCAUGGUGCUGGUGUGGGCCUUCUUCGCCGUCAUCUUCCUCGCCAGCUACACAGCCAAUCUGGCCGCCUUCAUGAUCCAGGAGGAGUACGUGGACACCGUGUCUGGGCUCAGUGACCGAAAGUUCCAGCGGCCCCAGGAGCAGUACCCGCCCCUGAAGUUCGGGACGGUGCCCAACGGGUCCACGGAGAAGAACAUCCGUAGCAACUACCCCGACAUGCACAGCUACAUGGUGCGCUACAACCAGCCCCGCGUGGAGGAAGCGCUCACUCAGCUCAAGGCAGGGAAGCUGGACGCCUUCAUCUAUGACGCAGCUGUGCUCAACUACAUGGCCCGCAAGGACGAGGGCUGCAAGCUCGUCACCAUCGGCUCCGGCAAGGUCUUCGCCACCACAGGCUAUGGCAUCGCUCUGCACAAGGGCUCCCGUUGGAAGCGCCCCAUCGACCUGGCGCUGUUGCAGUUCCUGGGGGAUGAUGAGAUCGAGAUGCUGGAGCGGCUGUGGCUGUCUGGGAUCUGCCACAAUGACAAAAUCGAGGUGAUGAGCAGCAAGUUGGACAUCGACAACAUGGCGGGGGUCUUCUACAUGCUCCUGGUGGCCAUGGGGCUCUCCCUGCUGGUCUUCGCCUGGGAGCACCUGGUGUACUGGCGCCUGCGCCACUGCCUGGGGCCCACCCACCGCAUGGACUUCCUGCUGGCCUUCUCCAGGGGCAUGUACAGCUGCUGCAGCGCCGAGGCCGCCCCGCCGCCCGCCAAGCCCCCGCCGCCGCCGCAGCCGCUGCCCAGCCCGGCGUACCCGACGGUGCGGCCCGCGCCGGGCCCCGCGCCCUUCGUGCCCCGCGAGCGCGCGGCCGUGGACCGCUGGCGCCGCUCCAAAGCCGGGGGGCCGCCGGGGGGCGCGGGCCUGGCCGACGGCUUCCACCGCUACUACGGCCCCAUCGAGCCGCAGGGCCUGGGCGUGGGCGACGCGCGCACGGCGCCCCGGGGCGUGGCCGGGCGCCCCCUGUCCCCGCCGGCCGCGCAGCCCCCGCAGAAGCCGCCGCCCUCCUACUUCGCCAUCGUGCGCGACAAGGAGCCGACCGAGCCCCCCGCCGGCGCCUUUCCGGGCUUCCCGUCGCCGCCCGCGCCCCCCGCCGCCGCGGCCCCCGCCGUCGGGCCGCCGCUGUGCCGCCUGGCCUUCGAGGACGAGAGCCCGCCGGCGCCCGCGCGCUGGCCGCGCUCCGAUCCCGAGAGCCAGCCGCUGCUGGGGCCCGGCGCGGGGGGCGCGGCGGCGGGGGGCGCGGGCGGCGGGGCCCAGGGCGCACCCCCGCCGUGCCGCGCCGCACCGCCCCCCUGCCCUUACCUCGACCUCGAGCCGUCGCCGUCGGACUCGGAGGACUCGGAGAGCCUGGGCGGCGCGUCGCUGGGCGGCCUGGAGCCCUGGUGGUUCGCCGACUUCCCCUACCCGUACGCCGAGCGCCUCGGGCCGCCGCCCGGCCGCUACUGGUCGGUCGACAAGCUCGGGGGCUGGCGCGCCGGCAGCUGGGACUACCUGCCCCCGCGCAGCGGCCCAGCCGCCUGGCACUGCCGCCACUGCGCCAGCCUGGAGCUGCUGCCACCACCGCGCCAUCUCAGCUGCUCGCACGACGGCCUGGACGGCGGCUGGUGGGCGCCGCCGCCCCCGCCCUGGGCCGCGGGGCCCCCGCCCCGGCGCCGGGCCCGCUGCGGGUGCCCGCGGCCGCACCCGCACCGCCCGCGGGCCUCGCACCGCGCGCCCGCCGCCGCCGCGCCGCACCACCACCGGCACCGGCGCGCCGCGGGGGGCUGGGACCUCCCGCCGCCCGCGCCCACCUCGCGCUCGCUCGAGGACCUCAGCUCGUGCCCCCGCGCCGCCCCCGCGCGCAGGCUCACCGGGCCCUCCCGCCACGCGCGCCGCUGCCCGCACGCGGCGCACUGGGGGCCGCCGCUGCCCGCCGCGUCCCACCGGAGACACCGGGGCGGGGACCUGGGUACCCGCAGGGGCUCGGCGCACUUCUCCAGCCUCGAGUCCGAGGUAUGA